AUGGCUGGCCCCAGCAAGUCCCUGGUCCUUGACCCGGCCUACCAGAAAUACUACGAAAUCAACUCCAACCGCUACAAGUACUUCCGCUGGACUCCUCGUCAUGCUUGGUUGUCAGUCCUCUACAUGGGCGUGAUCCCUGGUGUCCUGACCUACAUCGCUUACAACACUGAGGGCAAGUUCGAAUUCCGUGGCAAGCGCAAGGGUGACACUAUUUCCGAGUGGUAA